AUGGCAGUAAAAGCAGGAGGCAUGCGGAUAGUUCAGAAGCACCAAUCUGCAAAUGAUGUGCCAGACAAGAAGAAUGACAAAGACAGUAAAGAAUAUGAGACUGAGAUCCCACCAAAGCUACCUGUUGUGGUCUCAGGAGUUGUCACAAAGGGGGAUAAAGACUUCACCCCUACUGCUGCCCAGGUGGCCCAUCAGAAACCUGUGCCUGCGGUACAGAAGCUGCCCCCGGCCCACCACAUCAACCAGCACAUCCACCAGCCCCGGAAGUGAGCCUCACACAACUCUAGACCACCCCGGCCCCCCGCACAGGGCCAGGACCACACCACCCCAAACACCUGCUCAGGUUGCCAGGGAUCUCUUGCCAUCAAGCAUUCCGUACACCCCCCUCCCCCUUCCGUCUGUGCCUGCAAGUGUCCUGUUUCCAACAGUAUCAUGACACGCGUUCCUUUUCCUGUUUCUUACCUGUAGAUCAUUGCAACACUAAAAUUGAAAGCUCCAUUGCAAAUCACUAAUCAGAAACAUGUUAAAUAUGUGGGUCCACUUCAUGAGGGAUGCUUGGAGCUGUGUUUUAUUUUGUUUUAAUUUUGUCUUACAUAAAUAGUUCCAGAAAGAUGUAAAUUGUAUAAAUCUUUUUUUUUUUUUUUAAGUCGGUGAAUGUUGUAUAUUAAGCAUAAGGUACUAGGUGUGGCUAUCUGAAUAAAGAGUUAAUAUAAAACC